UCUACCAAUUGGUGCACAUGUCUCUUCGGAUAAAUUCUGGUGUUCGGGAGGAGCGGAUGCCAGUAAGCUUGGACUUCUGCCGAGACAAUGUGACGACCACAUCGGGAAGGCUGAAUAUUACUUUGCCAACAUAUUCAGUGCGAUCCAUCGGCAUGUUUCCACUUUCCCGUCUUUCAUUUUAUUGGAGUAGUCUCUUCAGCACAGUUGUCACCUACGUCGGAGGACUUGCCAUAAGUAUUUGUUUGGGUGGCACCAAUCUUUCCGAUGUGGAAAUGCACAAAUUGACGUCCAAUGUCCUAUUCCCACUGUGGCGACUUCUUAGGCUGAUGCCUCCUGCAGAAAAAACUUCUGCCACCAAUUCGAGAAGACAUCACAUCACCACAAUGAGAAAACACGAACUGCAAACUUCAUUGACUUCUGAAACAUUUGUUUGAAUUUCUCCCAUGGAGAUAAGUGUCCUCGUGUCGAAUAAAUCAGCAAUAACAUUUCCGCUGCAGACAAGAACAAACACUCUAUGGCGGCUAG